AUGAGAGCGGCCGAGUUGGGAAACCAGCCGCUGCUCGUCGCGGACUGGAGCCAGUACAAAUUCGACGACUUUUAUCGCAUUGAACAGGCGGCCAAUUUUGAUCUUGCCUGCACCGACGCCAUCAUAGUCAACGGCGUAGGGUCGCAAUACUGCCUGAACCCGGUUGAAUUGGACAACAUGACCAACCCCGUCAUUCUCCAGAUGCUUAAGAACCUCGGCGAGGACCACUUGACGGCAAAAGGCUGUAUUCCUCCAAUCCAAGCCCUGCAGGGAAACUUUGACGUGGACGUGGGGAAGCUCCCACUCGAUUCGGUCAGGGAAUGCGCCCGAGUGCGAAACGCCAAGGGCAAUUACACCUUUAACGUCGACGAAAAGCUCGGGUGGGCGGCCCUGACAUUUAUCAAUGCCGGCGGCUUGUAUCCAUUACAAAUCUCCAUCGACAACCACAAGCUCUACGUCUAUGCCGUCGACGGGCAGUACAUUUACCCCGCAGCCUCGGAUCGCAUAUAUGUCGGCAACGGAAACAGGGUUUCGGUCAUGGUCAAACUGGACCAGGAACCGGCUCGGUACACCGUCAGGCUGGCCAACGACCUCCUCAACCAGGUCGUGGGCGGAUUUGCCGAAAUGGCAUACGGCGACGCCGCCAACCCGCCACGACACCCGAUGGCAAAGAUGGACUACGCCGGCCGCCCCACGAUGCACCCGAUACGGUCGUUCAAGCCGGAGCAGGCGCGGCCCUUUCCCCGCAGACCGCCGGCCAGGUACAGCAACCGCACCGUCAAGCUGAGCCUGCGGAAGCCCGGACGGCCGCAUGGGUCGUUUGAAUGGAGCCUCUCGGGACGCGAGGUGUACAACAUGACGGCCGAGGAGCGCGAUCCCCCCCUGCUCCUCGAGGGGCCCGGCCGCGUGCCGCAGGGCAGCGAGCUCGUCGUCCCGUCCAGGCUGGGGGAGUGGGUGGACCUCGUGCUCGAGACCGAGGGGCCCUUUGCGCAGAGCCACCCGGUCCACAAGCACGGGAACAAGGUGAUUUUCUCGGGUCCGGCGUCGGGCGCUUCCCCUGGGCGAGCGUGGCCGAGGCCGAGCGGCACCUCCCUCCUGGGUCGUUGA